UCCUGGCUGUUUUUGGAUCCGCUUUUAAAGCGGAUUGAACCACCGAGUUGCGUUAACUACGACUCCCUUACAAAACAACGUUUUUAUUCCAUUAAUUUAAAAGGGAAGACUGCUCUAUAUAGUCGUAAAUACGUAUGCAACGAGAUAUACAGUCAAAUGGCAGUUGCGUACACUCUUUGUAGGGAAUCCCUUGUGUUCUUUUCCCUCUGAAUUUGAGAGUGCAUUGAGACCGAGAGGUGCCUGCUGUCCAUUGAAGCAAGAAGCCUCAUGUUUUCACCAAGCCAGGAGGAGCAGUGCGCCCCUACAAAAGACCCCAUAAAAUACGGGGAGUUGGUAGUAUUAGGGUACAAUGGCUCCCUCCCGAACGGAGACCGGGGCCGAAGGAAAAGCCGCUUUGCCCUGUACAAGAGAAGCAAAGCCAACGGUGUUAAACCCAGCACCGUCCAUAUCCUCAACACACCACAGGCCAGCAAGGCGGUGAACUGCAAAGGGCAGCACAGUAUUUCCUACACUCUGUCCAGGAACCAGACAGUAGUGGUGGAAUACUGCCAUGACAAAGACACAGACAUGUUUCAGAUUGGCCGCUCCACAGAGAGUCCCAUAGACUUUGUGGUGACGGACACUGUGUCUGGGAGUCAGGAGGGAGAGGAGACGCCCAUCACCCAGAGCACCAUCUCGCGCUUCGCCUGUCGUGUCGUCUGUGAGAGGGUCCUGCCCUACACCGCCCGCAUCUAUGCUGCUGGCUUUGACUCCUCCAAGAACAUCUUCCUGGGGGAAAAAGCCGCCAAGUGGAAGAACCCGGAUGGUCACAUGGACGGGCUGACAACCAAUGGAGUGCUGGUGAUGCACCCCAGGGGUGGGUUCACAGAGGAGUCCAAACCGGGUGUAUGGAGGGAGAUCUCUGUGUGUGGAGAUGUUUACACCCUGAGAGAGACCCGUUCUGCUCAGACCCGCGGCAAACUGGUGGAGUGUGAGAGCAACGUGCUGCAGGACGGUUCCCUGGUAGACCUAUGUGGCGCCACCCUGCUGUGGCGCACAGCUGAUGGCCUCUUCCACACACCCACCCAGAAGCACCUGGAGGCCCUGCGGCAGGAGAUCAACGCAGCGCGCCCCCAGUGCCCUGUGGGCCUCAACACCCUGGCUUUCCCCAGCAUGCAGCGCAGCCGCGCUCUCUCCUCCCUGGAGGACAAGCAGCCCUGGGUCUACCUGGCCUGUGGCCACGUGCACGGCUACCACAACUGGGGCCACCGCUCGGAACAGGAGCCCAGCGCCCAGCGGGAGUGCCCCAUGUGCCGGACCGUGGGCCCCUACGUGCCGCUGUGGCUGGGCUGUGAGCCCGCCUUCUACGUGGAUGUGGGCGCCCCCACACACGCCUUUGUGCCGUGCGGACACGUGUGCUCAGAGAAGUCGGCAAAGUACUGGGCGGAGAUCCCUCUGCCCCAUGGCACCCACGCCUUCCACGCCGCCUGCCCAUUCUGUGCCACCCAGCUCUGCCUCACCCAGGGCUGUGCCAAGCUCAUCUUCCAGGGCCCCAUUGACUGAGCUGCAGGGCCCUGGGGUGGGGGAAAGAACGAGGCAGGAGGGCCAACAUGCUGUGAAACUGUUCAGACUAUUUAGUGCUUUGUUUUUUUAUCACCGACUGUAAAGGGGAGGAACGCUUCACAAGGUUGAUGGUGUACUACAACAGUGUGUUCCACGUUUCCGUGGAGAUGGGCCUGAAGGCAGUGGUCCAUUACACAGUGUUUGGUUUGGGCUUCUGGUCCUCUCGAUGGCCGCUGGCGUAGUGUACACACAGCGAUGUGGACCUAAGGCACAACCACAGAAACCAUCAUACUCUUUAGCUGCCAGCCAUCAGCUUUCAACUCAACUGAGCUAACUCUCUGGACUGUGCAAGCUAAAAUGUCUUCUCAUUUCAAGUAGAAGGGCUACAAAACGUGUUUAUCGAUCAUAAACUCCAAACGGAUUACAGAGAGGAGGUUUAGUUAGGGUAUGUUGGGUGGGGUGGGUUCAUGGUGGGCCUGAGGUGCAUGAUUUUCACAGAGCCAGACAGCUGGACUGUUGGCUGGGAGGAGGACCGAGCAAGCCAGCAAGGUUCAUGGGUAACUAGUUAAAUGCUCCCCAUUGGCUCCUCAGCUCUUAUCUGGUUUUUAAUGGUAUCCAGAACAUUUAGCCUUUCCAGAGGUGAGCUGAACUCUGUUCUGUUCAGAGAACAGGUCCUUAAAAGAAAACAAGUGUUUUUCUCUCCUCUUGUACAGAGAUAUAUUCCAGUGCCUGGGGCUCCCAGUAAAACCCUGGGAAUAUUUUUACUAAAUGAAAAAAGCUAUUUUGUUGAGGGUUAUUAAGGGAGGGGAGAGUUUUACAUAAAGUAUAAAGAAAUUUAACCCACAGAAUAUUUUCCAUCUUUUUUUAUUCUUUGUUAAGAAGUAUUUUACUACACUGAGGUGUACAGUUUUUAUUUUUAUGAAAAUGUUAAUAUAUUUUUCUCUUGUGUAACUAUUAUGUGCAUGUAGGUUGGAUCACAUGGGUGUGCUUGAAUGUGUCAACUCCGGCUCAUACGGAGACAUUAGUCCCUUUUACGUAACCACCAAAAGGCAACAACAGGCCGCUGGCAUCAACCUUGUGGGUCAUGACAAUGAAUCUAUUAAAAUACCUAUUUUCCUCACCAUUGGCACGUUAGCCUAAAUUAUGCAAUUGCUUCGCUGAAUGGCUAGGUCUGUUCCUUCUUAAUAUACUGUAAAACUCGGGUGUCUCGUGAUAUCAGUAAGGCCUUUGUCAACUCUUGUGAAAUAGAUUAACUUUUGGAAGUGUAACUCACUCACACAUCAACACACACCUGUGAGCUUUCUUUGGUCUUGUCCCAUACUCAGUGUGCACUGUUGAAUGUGUAGCUUUAUCUCAUGCUGGGUUUUAUCCAAUGAUUUGUAUGUUCCCAAACCUGGGCACAGUCACUGCGGCAUUGAUGGAUUAUACCAAAUAUAAAAUAAGUUUUCUCUGAUGCAACAACUGCUUCCUGCAACGCAAAGUGUUACUGUACGCAAAUGAAAACCCUAACUGCUAUUGUAGAAUACAAAUCUAGUUCAGGAUGACAGUCAAAGCUAUUUGUUUGUACUCAUUAUCACAAGGAUAAUAAGGAUAUUAUCAUGUGCCAACGCCAAAUUUAGCAAAUCCAAUUGUGGAGAUGGAUCAAGUGGGCCAAAUGCGUAUGAAUGGAUAAGAUAUUAUGUUGUAGUUGGGCUGUGCGGUGGAAAUUUAGUUGAAACUAAAGAAUUUGAAUCACAUCAAAUGCACUCUUUGUCGAUGCGGGCUAGUUGUGACUACCCACGUAUGUAGAGUGUAGCUCAACAUAUAGUACCGUUCAAAAGUUUGGACACCUACUCAUUCAAAGACAUACAAAAAUAUUUAAAUAACACUUAUGGAAUCCUGUAGAAACCAAAAAAGUAUUAAAGAAAUGUAAAUAUAUUUUAGAUUCUUCAAAGUAGCCACACUUUGCCUUGAUGACAGCUUUGCACACUUGGCAUUCUUUUAACCAACUUAACCUGGAAUGCUUUUCCAACAGUCUUGAAGGAGUUCCCACAUAUUCUGAGCACUUGUUGGCUGCUUUUCCUUCACUCUGGGGUCCAACUCAUCCCAAACCAUCUCAAUUGGGUUGCGGUCGGGGAAUUGUGUAGGUCAUCUGAUGCAGCACUCCAUCGCUCUCCUUCUUGAUCAAAUAAUAGACCCACUAAGCGCAAACCAGAUGGGAUGGCGUAUCGCUGCAGAAUGCUGUGGUAGCCAUGUUUGUUAAGUGUGCCUUGAAUUCUAAAUAAAUCAGACAGUGUCACCAGCUAAGCACCAUCACACCUCCUUCAUGGUGGGAACCACACAUGCGGAGAUCAUCUGUUCACCUACUCUGCGUCUCACAAAGACACGGAGGUUAGAGCCAAAAAUCUCAAAUCUGGACUCAGAUUUCCACCGGUCUAAUGUCCAUUGCUCGUAUUUCUUGGCCCAAGCAAGUCUCUUCUUAUUGGUGUCCUUUAGUAGUGGUUCCUUUGCAGCAAUUUGACCAUGAAUGUCUGAUUCACGCAGUCUCCUCAACAGUUGAUAUUGAGAUGUCUGUUACUUGAACUCUGUGAUGCAUUUAUUUGGGCUGCAAUCUGAGGCUGGUAACUCUAAUGAACUUGUCCUCUGCAGCAGAGGUAACUCUGGAUCUUUCUUUCCUGUGGCGGUCCUCAUGAGAGCCAGUUUCAUCAUGGCGCUUGAUGGUUUUUGUGACUGUCCUUGAAGAAAUGUUCAAGGCUCUUAAUUUUCUGCAUUGACUUACCUUCAUGUCUUAAGGUAAUGAUGGACUGUUGUUUCUCUUUUGCUUAUUUGAGCUGUUCUCGCCAUAAUAUGGGGCGGCAGGGUAACCUUGUGGAUAGAGCGUUGGACUAGUAACCGGAAGGUUGCAAGUUCAAAUCCCCGAGCUGACAAGGUACAAAUCUGUCGUUAUGCCCCUGAACAGGCAGUUAACCCACUGUUUCUAGGCCGUCACUGAAAAUAAGAAUUUGCCUAGUUAAAUAAAGGUUAAACUAUAUACAAAAAUAACAAAUAUGGACUUGGUCAACUGAUUGGCUCAAACUCAUUAAGAAGUUAAAUAGUGGAAUUACUUUCCAAGGCACACAUGUUAAUUGAAAUGCAUUCCAGGUAACUACCUCAUGAAGCUGGUUGAGAGAAUGCCAAGAGUUUGCAAAGCUGUCAUCAAGACAAAGGGUGGCUGCUUUGAAGAAUCUCAAAUAAAAAAUAUAACACUUUUGGUUACAUGAUUCCAUGUGUUCUUCCAUAGUUUUGAUUUCUUCACUAUUCUACCAUAUAGAAAAUAGUUCAAAUAAAGAAACACUGGCAUGAGUAGGUGUCUCUAACCUUUUGACUGGUACUGUAUACAAACCACCACUUUAUUAAUGGGUAAGAAUAGUGAGUAUCAUGAUCCUGAGAUGGUAAGUGUUCUUACUGUAGCUAUGUACAAGUUGCAUAAUUAAUGAAUAUGUUGUAAGAGAGCUAUUCUUUUCAGCUACACUAAGAAGCCAAAUAAUAUAGUGACAUGUCACGUGUGUCUCUACAAUGCACAUGGGCUCAGAUACAGUACAGAAGUGGUGUGUCCUCCUUUGUUGGUGGACUGCAGCAGUUCCCCCUCCAGUCUGGAGGGUAAAGACAUGACCUUGGUAGUAUGAAGCUAACAGUAGGACAGAUGUGGUGACAUAACAGGUGCUGAGUAGCAGUGUAAAGGAAGGGUAUCUUACACUAGUAUUCCCCGCACUGUGCCCAGUCAGUGCUGACAGUACGCAUAUAAAGACCCUGCUCUGGAACAGCUGUAAUGUAGCACAAACAUUCCUCCCUGAAUACUUGGGAGGCAUAGCUGUGGGAAGUGAGGGUGCUGUAGCACCCCCUGAAAAAUCCGAACGCAACAAAAAACUAACAAAAUGUGUCACUAAAGUAGUGCACUGGGCCUUUACCAGUCCUGUGAUAGUGGACCGAUGUAGCACGUCUCUGAAAGAAAUGCAGCACCAUCCCCAAACAUCUUCCUUCUGCAAUGGUGGAGGGGUCCUGUUGUUCACUCUACGACCUGUUCAGUGCAUUUUGUCUCUGAACUCCGUAACCAGGUCAUAGCCUACACUGAUGCUCCCAAAGCCUACUUGCAAAAAUAAAACAUUUGUUUAAAACAA